AUGGAUGAAAAGAAUAAACUUGAAUUUAAAGAAUAUACUCGCUGUGCUGCAGAUAAGUCUUCUGUUUGGCAACAUUUUUUGCGGACAUCAGAUGGUCUUCAUGCUCAAUGCAAGAUGUGUAAAAAAGUAUUUAAAACCUGUGGAACAACUUCAAGCCUGCAUAAUCAUCUUAGACUUGUUCAUUCUAUCCAGUUAGCUAAAAAAACAUCUAACUAUUCACUUCCGUCAACAUCUCAAAAAGAUAUGUCAUUUGAUUCCGAUGUCAUGAUGACGCCAGCAACAAAAAAGGCUAAAACAAUAAAUUACUUUUUUCAUGUGAAGGAAGAAGAUGACUUAGAUACUAUACUUGCAAAAAUGACAGCAGUAGAUGGUGUACCAUUUAAAAUAUUCUGUUCUUCGGAAUCAAUGAGAAAGCUAUUUGGAAAAGCUGCUUAUAAUUUGCCUAAAUCACCAAAUACAAUAAAAAAAAGGAUUCUAAAUAAAAGUGAGCUACUGAAAAGGGAAGUAAAAAAGGAGCUUAAUGAUAUUAAGACAGCAGGAAAACAAUUGGCUGUAAGCUUAGAUGAAUGGACAAGUGCACGUAAUCACAGAUAUGUGAACGUAAAUGUUCAUUCACCAGAGCUUUCUGAAGGUUUUAGAAACUUGGGACUGACGAAAAUAAGCGGCCGUGGAACAGCAGAGAACUGUUAUAAUAUAUUGAAGGAAAAAUUGGUAUAUUACGGCUUGUCAAUACAAAAUGAUAUCUCAUGCAUAAUCUCUGACGGUGCAAGCGUAAUGUGCGCACUAGGGAGAAUGGUUCCCUCUUAUCAUCAGUUAUGUUUGGCCUAUGGUAUUCAGUGCGCUGUCCUGGACGUGCUAUACAAAGCUGAUAACACAGAAGGUAACACCGGCAUCACUGUUAACAGACCUUGCGAUAGCUCUGACUCUGAGGAUGAAAGUGAUAUAGAAAACGAAGAUGAAAAUGGUUUCGUCAUCGAAGCUGACCCCAGUGGGGUCAUUCCCAAGCUGGUUUAUAAAGAAUUGAUAACUAAAGUCCGGAAAAUAGUAAAAUUUCUCAAAGGUUCGCCUACUCGCAUGGAUAUAUUCAAUUCUUACCUGGAGUUCAAAUCUAAAGACACGACAAUGAUCCUCGAUUGCAAGACUCGUUGGAGCAGCCUUGCUGAUAUGAUAGCAAUAUUCCUAGAAUUCAAAGACGCAAUUCAAAGACAUUAA